CCGGGGCGGGCUGCUAGCGGCGGCGGAGAUAUGGCUGCGCUGGUGGAGCCGCUGGGUCUGGAGCGGGACGUGUCUCGGGCGGUGGAGCUCCUGGAGCGGCUGCAGCGCAGCGGGGAGCUGCCCCCGCAGAAACUGCAGGCGCUGCAGCGGGUCCUGCAGAGCCGCUUCUGCUCCGCCAUCCGCGAGGUGUAUGAGCAGCUCUAUGACACGCUGGACAUCACCGGCAGCGCAGAGGUGCGGGCUCACGCCACCGCCAAGGCCACAGUUGCUGCCUUCACAGCCAGUGAGGGCCAUGCACAUCCCAGGGUCGUGGAGCUGCCGAAGACAGAUGAGGGCUUGGGCUUCAACAUAAUGGGCGGCAAGGAACAGAACUCACCCAUCUAUAUCUCUCGGGUCAUCCCUGGAGGUGUGGCUGAUCGCCAUGGUGGCCUCAAGCGUGGGGACCAGCUGCUGUCUGUGAAUGGUGUGGUGAGUGGGGAGAAGGACAGGGUCUGUAGGGUAGCCUGGGCUGGUCACAUUUUUUCAACAAAAGGGAGCACAGCCUUUGUGGCCAGCCCUGGCACUGCUACAGACCUUGAGAGAAGCUGCCCAUGGUCCCAACUCUUAAGGACUCCAGACAGUCCAGAUCAGAACCAGUCCAGUGUAGAAGAGGGAAGUUUUUGCAAAAGGAGAAACAUUUGAAUUGGGUGUUGAAGGAUGAGUAAUUCUCCAGGCUAAGAGGGGCAGGGUGGUCCUGGUUGAGAGCAGGGCAAGGCUGUAACUCUGCACUCCCCUGAGGUAAGAAGAAACUUUGGGUGUGAGGUAAGAAGAAACUUUGGGUGUGAUGGAAGUCUGGGCCACACAGCUUUCUGAGGCUCCUGUGGUUUAGAACCCACUGCUGAGGAGGUGGUUUGGCGAAGGCAGGGAUGACUGGAGUAAAGAAGAGUAAUAGGUGUAGACAGUAGACAGACCUCUCCUGGACGGAGGGGGAUGGGAUAAGAAGCGAGCAACCCUGGUUCAUUGACUUGGGACUCUGAGCUAUCCUGACAUGGCAGGUUCUAGCAGGGGAUGCUGAGCCCAAAGUCGGUGACCCACGAAGAGGACUCAGCCUAGCGUCAGACUCACUAGGGCUUGGUCCCAUGUCCCGGUGGGGUGGGUUUGGGCAAUGUGGCCUGGGCCAGAGGUCUGUGUGAGGCCUGCCCCACAGAGUGUAGAGGGCGAGCACCACGAGAAGGCGGUGGAGCUGCUGAAGGCGGCCCAGGGCUCCGUGAAGCUGGUGGUGCGCUAUACCCCUCGGGUGCUGGAGGAGAUGGAAGCCCGUUUUGAGAAGAUGCGCUCUGCCCGCCGGCGCCAGCAGCAUCAUAGCUACUC